UUCAGUGCUGAGUCCAAGAAUCUUUUGUCAUCAGAGAAAAGAAGGGAAAAUAGGAGUAAAAUAAUGAGAGGAAGAAACUCAAAGGAAGAUGAAGACUCAGGAUCUGAUUGGGACAGCAUGUCAGAAAUGGAUCCAGCUCCAAAGGUGGAGAAAAAGCAGGCAUCAAAUCAAGGUCAGCAAAUGCCAGCUUCACUUAAGCUUAAAUCAAUGACCUUUGUUGAUCCAGAUGUCAGAAGAGGUCAUAGUGCAGAAAAUCCUCCUUAUGAUUUUAAGCCUGAAGUCAAAACACCCACUCGAAUAGCAGAGGAAAAGCAAGUCAAACCAGGAAGGCAGAAGAAAGGAAAAACAUAUGAUCCCCAGGGCAGCCAACAGAAGCAUGUUACCUUCAGUGAGACUGAAAAGGAGUAUGAUACAGCCACAGUCAACGGUAGUGCUGGACAGGAGAGCGAUUCAGACGACCCACUCUAUUCAACAGUGAAGCCAAAAAGCAAGCAGUCUGACCCCUCUGCCUCCAGCCAGCAGAGGAGGGGUGACAGUGAAGAGGAUGUCAAGGGGGGGAGAGGAGCCAAGACACUGAAAAAAGGAGCAAAGAAGGCACUUCAUGGCUUGCAAAAUAUUAAAGCACAAGGAGUGGAUAAUAAGGCCUUUGUUGGGGAUGAGGAACAAGAUUCUGUAGACAUGCCACCAGGAUCCCAAGCUCCCUUAGGGCCCAUCUUAAAGAAACCCGCAAACACCAGUACCCCAACACGGGAUCCAACUAUUGGCAAAAGCCUCGGUACUGUGCCACUGAGACAGAGUCAUACGAUAGACCAGUUUGGGGUUGGUAGCAAUUCUGAAUCUCAACGUUUCAUGUCAAACUGCAGCUACAGUUCAUUACCUGUGAAAGAAUGUCCACCACCCCUUGUCUUGUCUGUAGGUGAAACUAUCUUGGAAUCAGCUGGGAAAAAGCCGGUGGAAAUCACUAACCGAGCUUUAGGAGAAAUAUUUGCAUUCAUAACUUUUCCAUUCACUUGCUUUGCAUUAUUCUUUCAUCAUUUGCUUAGAUUUAUUCUUCUGGGGCUAAUAAGGCCACUGUUUGUUGACACGCUGAUUCUCAUAGUGGAGUAUCUCCUGCAUCCCUUUGUGAAUGGCGUGGUGAGACCUGUCCUGCUGAGUUUGUAUGUGGCAUCAGCAAGCAUCAGUGAAAUGCUUGUAGUGUGUGUGCGUCCAGUAAUAAUUGUACUACAGUCCGUCAGACUUGUGGAAGUUAAUUACACUAGGAAGUAUUCAAUAGAAGAAAUUUAGGCAUCAUAAGAGUGUGAAAUGGGAUGAUUUAAUUCCACCCAUUAUUCAGAAUAUAUACUGUUUAAGAAGUUUUAUGUGUAAUGACAUUGGAUAUGCCUAGGUAUUCACUUUUACAGGAAAUCCACAUUCAAUUUGUAGUAUUGCAAUUAUGAUGUGAUACAGUAUUUUCUCUAUUUAUUUUUGAUAAGAAUGAGUUGUCAUAUCCCUACAGACAUGUAGUAUAGUGAACUGCAAACUAGAAAUUUGAAGUAUUUGUUGCUCUUUCAUUCAAGAAGAUCAUUGUUAACUUGUUUAACCAAUUGAUCCCCAGGGUUGACCGCCUUCCUAUAAGCAACAUUAAAUCUCGCAAGCCUUAGCACCUUCAAAUAUUAAAGAUGUGAACAUUUUAUUAGAGAGAAUCUCCUCUAGUCUGGUAAAAAAUUGCCAAAGAGAACACUAGUCAUUUACUAAAGAAUUUAUUGCUUAAUGACAGCAUCUUCCUUAAUCCAGAAGGUGCCUGAAUAGUGCCUAAUUAAGUAGUCUGAUAUAUUUUUAUUUUAACACAGUUUUAUAUUUCUUAAGAAGUAGAUCUUUUACUUGCAGCAUUAGAUGUUGUACUUACUAUAUUUGUAUAUAUAUUUGUUUUAUGAGUGUUGGGACCAUUUGACUAUGGUAUAUAGUACUUAUUGUAUUUAUUGCAUAAUUGGAUAUUUUUUUCUUUAGCAGAUGCACUAUACAGUAGGCUAUUACAGGGGUGCAUAAGUAGUAAAAGAAAAACUGAUCAAAACUGUAAUUAUGUAAUAGUGCAAUAGCAGUAACCAUUUCAUUAUAUACAUUGCAUAUACAUGUGUAUACAGUUACGCAUAUAUUUUUGUACUUUGGUGCAGGAUAGUGAAAAAUGUAGUCCAGUGAUAUUUUACAUAAUCAAGAAAGAAAUCCAGUACAGGAAGAAAAUCAUACAAUUACACAUUUGCAGAUUUACAAACUUCAGCUAGAGAAUAGUCUGCAUGUGACCAUUAGUUUCAAUAACAAGUAUUUUUCUCAUAUAUUUUCCACUUAGAAAGCAGAAGAGGUAGUUUUGAAUUACAUGCCAGUAGACUUAUGGGUAUAGUUUGAUAGGCCUGUUGGUAACAUUGGUUACUCGUUGGCUGUGGAUGGGUUCUCUCUCCAGGGUAGUUUUAUUUUUUCGAUGUUGUUUACACAUAUCUGGCAUCACAUACACUAGUCACUAUGGUGUCAUGUAUAGGCCUACAUGAUCUCACCUGUUUACAUUAUUCCUUGAAAAAAGGCUUUGUUUCUAAUAAUGUCAUUAUUAUUACUACAUUAUUAUUAAUAGUGAUAUUAUCAUAAUGAUAAUGCUAUUAAUAAUAGGAAUAGGAAUAGGAAUAAAAAAUAAAACUUCAAGGAAUAGCUUAAGUAGGUGAGAUCAAAUAAGCCUUUUUU